CACCAGUAACAGUGUGAGUUUCAGUGAGCAUAUCCUAUUACCGAGAUGACAUCCCCCUGUGGUGCAAGUCUGCAAACCACCAAGGAGAGAAAAGACUGAAGGGCACAGUGUUCAUAUCUUAGGCUAAAACCACCAGGUGAUCCGGCAAAAAUCAUGACGACUAAAAUAGAUAGUCCUCCACCUUAUGAGGAAGCAGUACACCAUCCUAAGUAUGGAAACUACCCCCACCAGCCACAACAUGGCUCCUCUCUUCCACCACCUCCAUCUUACAGCCCCAGUCCAGGCAUGUGCCCUGGCCCGCCUGGCUACUGGGGCCGUGAGGGCGUCUACCCGCAGGCCGGCAUGUGGUCAGCCCCUGGCUUCUCUCCAUCUGGGAUGCCCACCACAAUACCGACUCUGUCUGCUGGAGUGCCUCCAUCCAACUCAGGAGACAUGGAGGAUCUUCUGAGCACCCAGUGGGAAAGCACGUCUAUUCGGCAUGCCUUCAUCAGAAAGGUUUACCUCAUUUUAGCAGCACAGCUUGUCGUCACCUUUUCAGUUGUUGCUGUCUUUACAUUUGUUGACCCAGUGAGGCUGUUUGUCAUCAGAUACCCUGGCAUCUACUGGGCAUCUUUUGUGGUUUAUUUUUUGGUCUACUGCAUUCUCAUCUGCUGCAAAGGGCCGAGGAGACGUUUCCCAUGGAAUCUUGUGCUGCUGGGAGUAUUUACUCUCGCCUUGUCUUACAUGUCUGGAACAAUUUCAAGCUAUUAUGAAACAAAAGCAGUGUUUCUCGCCAUGGGAAUAACAGCAGUAGUUUGUAUAGCUGUCACAAUCUUCUGCUUCCAAACCAAGGUGGACUUCACCUCCUGUGGGGGACUUCUCUGCAUUGCUGCCGUUUUGCUCAUGAUCAUUGGGAUUGUUACAGCCAUCGUCCUUUCCUUCCAAUAUGUCCCUUGGCUGCAUAUGCUCUAUGCUGCAAUUGGAGCCAUCGUUUACACUCUGUUUUUGGUAUACAACACCCAGCUUCUUAUUGGAAACCGAGAAUUGGCCAUCAGCCCAGAGGAAUACAUCUAUGGAGCACUCUCUCUCUACGUUGACAUUGUUCACAUUUUUCUCUUCAUCCUUCAAAUCAGCGGAGCUGCGACUGAAUAAGGCCAUGGUUAGAGCACAUACAGAGUUUGUACUUAUAGUAUAUUGUGUUUGUCAUUAAACACAAUGCUACAUGAACACAAGUGUUUAAAUUAGGACGCACCAUUACAGACUAUGUUAAACUUCUUAACUAUCAAUUUAAUUAUACUGUAUAUAUUUUCUUGUCAAUAACACUUGAGCACUUUUAUUUAUUCUUGUACUUUAUAAAGCUGUAAAGUGGGUUUAAGUCUUUCAUUUACCCAGGUGUGAAUGAAGAGACUUUGUAUUUCUGUAUAGUUGUAAUUUAAUGUUGCCUUUUUUGUUUUAGCAAGCUGUGUUUUAGUAGAUCAUUCAUGCAAAACAUACACGUUUAACUGGUGUAGUAGUCUGUGAACAAUUACUUUGGUGAAACUUAAUCAUUAUUGAAUUAAUAAGUAACACACAGUGUGAUCCUUAUUAAGAGGUACAACAACAAAAACAACAAUGGAGACAUAACAAUUGAUGGUCUGAGAGGUUUUUUUUUUAUUGUUUGAGUUUGGUUCUGUUAAUUACUUACAAAACACCUGGAGUUACAGGCAUACAGCUGGAGACCACAAUCAUUAGUCCUAAGUCUGUGCUGGUAGAGGGAGGGACUCAGAUCUGUAUUAAAGUAGUUUUAACAUCUCCAUAGAAAAGGACUUAGACAAACACUGACUCAUUGAUUAAAAGAUGGAUUAAGUGUGUGCAGAUUUCCAGAAGCUUCCUUAAGUCAUGGGCCAACUCCUCUCUCUCUUUAAUCUAUCGAUUAUUCGUUGUUGUUGUUAGACAACGAUGCACACCAAUCAAUAAAGUACACCCUACUGUU